GGCAGAUUGGUAUGGUAGUGGACGUUAAGGGUCGGGUGGCGUUGUAAUGGCAAAAAGUUUGCGAAAGGGUCGGGAUUGGAGAUAGACAAGAUGGACCAACAGUAUUGCCUACGGUGGAACAAUCAUCCAGCCAACCUCACCGACGUUCUCAGCUCCUUGCUUGCCAGAGAGGCACUCUGCGACGUUACCCUGGCGUGUGUUGGAGAUACUUUCAAGGCACACCAGACGAUACUCUCUGCAUGCAGUCCAUAUUUCGAGAGCAUUUUCCUUCAGAAUACCCAUCCCCAUCCAAUUAUAUUCCUGAAGGAUGUCAAUGAUAUGGAAAUGAAGGCGUUGCUGCACUUUAUGUAUAAGGGAGAAGUUAACGUUAGUCAGCAUCUGCUACCGAUGUUCCUUAAAACAGCUGAGGCAUUACAGAUUAGAGGCCUCACUGAUAAUAGUGUAAAUAACAAGACAGAAGAGAAAAGUCCAUCGCCAGAACCAGAAACGCAAACUGGUGUUAGGCAUACCGAAUCGCCUAACCUUCAGCCUCUUCCUGAAAAGAGGAAACGAAAGGCUUCGGGCAGCUAUGAUGUUUCCCUUAGUGGUCCACCCAGUGAACGGUUCAUGUCAGAUUCUCAGGCAUCCUCACAAUGUAGUUACAAAUCAAGUCCUCCCGUGAUUCCAAAGUUAAAUAAUGCCAUGGGAGGUGAUAUGGAAGAUGGUGGUCGACCUAUGUCUCCUGCAUCACAACCGCAACCUUCAAUCAAGCAAGAGGUAGAUCAUCAUUUACCAGACUUCCAUGACAACAUUUCCCUCCCAGGUCAUCCAGUUGGACUGCUAGGAGAAGAAGGAGGAGCUACAACAGGCACGCUAAGCGAUGGCGUGUCAGGAAUUGAAUCGUCUGAACACCAUAAUCCCCCAGAAAUGCUCGACGGACUUGAUGAUACGACACUUUUAACCCCUCAGGGCACUGAGUGCGCGCCGAUUACGUACAUUGAGAAAGUUAAUCUGUCGGACUUUUUCGAAAAGCUGCCGUACACGUACACUAGCAAAUGCAAACUAUGCGGUCGGGUCGUGUCGAAUCUAAAGAAUCAUUACUUGACGCACAAUCCAGGAAAUUAUGUGUGCCCGCUGUGCGGCUGCCGUAGGACCCGGCUGGAUAACCUAAAGGGUCAUAUUAAACAGAAACACCCCGAGAUACAGAUAGUGCAGAAAUCCAGCGGCACAGCUCAGACUUGAACCGAUUCAUGUCUACCUAUCUUCCUCCUUGUAAUC